AUGCCCCUUCUCGUCACCUACCUCACGGGCGGCUGCAAUGACGACGAUAGCGCCGCCGCCACCGAGCACAACCACAACCAUAGCUCCGAUUCCGUGCCCUCAAGCCUGCCUCCCAUGGAUGCCGCCGCCUUUGACGCGUCGUUGGACGUGCCCGAGCGCAUGAUGGGCAUCACACAGCUACGCCGCCAGCUGGCUGCCGAGGCCCAGGGCGACGUGCUCGAGGUCGCCGUCGGUACCGGACGCAACCUCGGUUACUAUUCGUGGGACAGCAGCAAACAGGAUCCUCACGUCACCUCCUUCACCGGCGUCGACCUGUCAGCAGACGCGCUGACCGUCGCCCGUCGGCGACUCCGAUCGUCCGUACCCGGCGCCAAGGCCGUCAUCCGGAAGCGGCCGCUGCCACAGGAACCCACGGCUGCUGCUGCCGAUGCUGUCCCCAUCAAAGACCUCCCUGUUGCCGUCCUCGACGUCCUCGACAGCCGCCUGAGGCUGCUCCGGGCAGACGCCAUGCAGCCGCUGCCGCUCCCAUCAUCGUCAUCUCCUGCCUACGAUACCGUCGUCCAGACCUUCGGCCUCUGCUCUGUCGCCGAUCCUGUCGCCUUGCUCGCACACAUGGCCGCUGUCCUCCGUCCCGACACUGGCCGCAUCCUGCUGCUCGAGCACGGUCGCGGCCGCUGGUCUGUCGUCAACAGCCUGCUCGACCGCUAUGCCUCUCGCCACUUCUCCCGUUUUGGAUGCUGGUGGAACCGCGACAUCGACGCCAUCCUGGCCAAUGCCGCUACUGCCGUGCCCGGCCUUGAGGUCGUCGCCGUCAGUAGACCCGGUUGGUUUCAGUUCGGCACUCUCUGGUGGGUUGAGCUGCGCGUCAAUGCAGCCUAG